GUCAAACUCAACGGAACAGAUUUCUCUGAAUAUAAUACUGCAAUAUUUUGUUUUGCGGCCGGCAGCGUUGAUCACAAUAAAAGCUUGCCCCAAAUUGAGCGCGUGUCUUCUACAAACAACAACUUCGUACAACAGCCAACGACUCCCCCUUCACAGACCGCCAAAAAUGCCCCCUAAGCGGGAUCGUCAAGGCGACUUCAAGGGAGGCCCGCGGGGUGGAUCGAGGCAGCAACAGCCAAAAGAAGUUGUGCGCAAUGCCUACACGCCCAUGUUUGAGCAGUUCCGUGACGAGCUGGAUAGGCAUCAUGAUCGUCGGGAGCGCAUCGUCAAGGCGUCGAGGGAUAUUACCGCGCUGAGCAAGAAGAUCAUAUUUUCCUUGCAAAGAGUUCGCAAGAUCCACGCCGACCUGCCGCCAGACGUCGACAGGGAGGUACAGAGCCGCCUGGCAGAGAUUGCGCGCCUGUUCGACUCCAUCGUCGGCGACGUGCAGGGCAUGAACAGAUACCGAUACUCGCGGCAGAUGGCGUGCGUCGAGGAGCUGGUCGAGGCCCUCACCUUUGCUUACUACCUGCGCAACCAGCGAUUGAUGAGCCACAACGAGGUACUCGAGUCCGUCGGGGGCCUGUGCAGAUCCGCCGUCGAGGAGAAGAAGCGCAUCGCCGAGGAAGGUGGCGACACGGCCAUGACGGACGCUUCUGCCUCUGCUGGUGCUGGCGACGAGCAGAAAAUUGCAGGAGAGCCAUUGGUGGUGGACGUGACGCAGGACGACUUUAUCGGCGGCGUCUUUGAUCUCUCGGGCGAGAUGAUGCGGUUCGCAACCACGACGGCAGCCAUCAACGGAGAGCUGGCCGCCGCAGCUGUGCCGCCUCCCGAUGAUGGAGGCGACGCGCCAAGAUACCCGCGUACAAUCCUGACGGAUAUGCAGGAGCUCGGGACCAUGUUUGAGUUGCUACCUCAGCAGCACGGAAAGUCAUACCAAAUGAAGCUCGAGACGAUCAGGCAGAGCGUGCUCAAGGUGGAAAAGCUCGGAUAUGGACUCAGGGUGCGUGGGAGUGAGAGGCCGAAGGGCUGGAUGCCAGACAUGGCGGAUGAUGCUGGAGCAGGCGAGGAAGAUUGAAGGGUCUAGGUUAGGAGUGUGUUUGAGAGGUAAUCUACGACUGUAGGUUCUGGGAGGUAUCAUUGGAGGGUGCCGGGACUGUGUCGAGUCUUGUUCUAGUGACAAGAUGUUUUGGGAGCAGGUAUCAAGUGUGUACUAACAUUGACUUGAAAAAAGCCCAAUGCGC